GUGCCGCCAACAUGGUGUUCAGGCGUUUCGUGGAGGUUGGCCGGGUGGCCUACGUCUCCUUUGGGCCUCAUGCUGGGAAGCUCGUCACAAUUGUAGAUGUUAUUGAUCAGAACAGGGCUUUGGUUGAUGGACCUUGCACUCAGGUAAGGAGACAGGCUAUGCCUUUCAAGUGCAUGCAGCUCACUGACUUCAUCCUCAAAUUCCCUCACAGUGCCCGCCAGAAGUAUGUCCGACAAGCCUGGCAGAAGGCAGAUAUCAGUACAAAAUGGGCAGCCACAAGAUGGGCCAAGAAGAUUGAAGCCAGAGAAAGGAAAGCCAAGAUGACAGAUUUUGAUCAUUAUAAAGUCAUGAAGGCAAAGAAAAUGAGGAACAGAAUAAUCAAGCUUGAAGUUAGGAAGCUACAAAAAGCAGCUCUCCUGAAAGCGUCUCCUAAAAAAGCACCUGCUGCUAAGGGUGCGGCUGCAGCAGCUGCUGCAAAAGUUCCAGCUAAAAAGAUGGCCGCUGUGGGCAAGAAGGCUCCAGCCCAGAAGGUUCCUGCCCCGAAAGCUGCAGGCCAGAAGGCAGCACCUCCAAAGGCUCAGAAGGGUCCGAAAGCUCCAGCUCAGAAAGCACCUGCUCCAAAGGCAUCUGGCAGGGAAGCAUAAAGAGUAUAAGAGGUUAUUAAAAACGAGUAAUAAAGGUUCUUUUUGACA